GAGAUGCUCAAUGUCGGCAAUGCAAGUAUGCAUGAUCGAAUUUAUGACUUGGAGCGAAAAGUUGAAUCACAGGAGAAUGAAUUGGUUUGCUUUGCAUUUACCUAUAAAGCAUGUCUUCGAGCAUCCACUAAGGAUUUGCUGCAUAGGUUAACUCUUCUGGAACAAAAUUCUAAACUUCAAGUCCAUGAGCCGAAUUCAGUUCGUUUGACACGGAUGGCAGAGAUUCAAUCGAGAAUAAAGAACCGCUCAAAGAGGAAUAGCACAUUGAACGAUUCCAGUCGCAUUUUGUCUCAUUCCAUAUCCAAUCUCAAUUCCGCUCAUUCAGAUAUUUUGACAACUAAGAAUCGUUCUAUCUUGAAACCAUCUGCAGAAUUCGAAUCCCGAAAAUCAGCGAAACUUGAAGAGAAUACACCGAGUAGAUCAAAUAGUCGUAUUCAGCUAAAUUUAUCCAAUGGUAUGAUGUUCGGUGAGCGCUCUAGUUCAACUCCACUGCGAAAGUGGUUAAGUAAUAUUGAUAUGAAAAAAAAUUCCAGUUCCAAUUCGAUAUUCAGUCCAAUGCGAAGUAUAUUGUCUACAAAAUAUGGAAUGCGUGAUCCUAUAUAUCUACCAGAACAACGUCUUUUGCAAGUAUUUAUGAAAAAUAAGUCUAUAUUGCUAGCGGUACCGAGCCACAUCAGAUCGAUCGACCUUUUGCAUGAAACUGAAGAACCGCAGUUACAUCCAAAGUUGGAAUGGGUUCACGGAUAUAGAGGUAAGGAUUCACGAAAAAAUCUUCAUGAAUUGCCAACGGGCGAAAUAAUUUAUUUUACUGGUGCCAUUGUUGUUCUUCACAAUCCUGAUGAAGGCAUUCAACGAUUUUAUACGCAACAUACUAGUGAAAUCAAAUGUAUUGCAGUUCAUCCGAACAGAUUAUACAUCGCUACAGGUCAAACUUCGAGACAUACCUGUCAAAAAAAGAUUUUACGUGAACAUCGAAUGCCUAUAUGUUCCUCGGUUGAAUUGGAUUGCAUCUUGAAGUCUGACCAAACUCAGGCACACAUUCGUAUUUGGGAUUCAGUGACACUACAGACGAUUCGUACUAUCGGUACUGCAGACGAUGUUUUUCAGCGAGGGAUAUCAUGUGUAUCAUUCAGUCAUGUGGAUGAUUGUUCAUUGCUUGCUGCAAUUGAUGAGUCGUAUGACCAUGUUUUAAGCGUGUGGAACUGGGAACGAGGAAUAAAAGUGGCAGAAAUCAAAAGCGCUAAUGAUCAAGUUUUUGACUGCGAAUUUCAUCCGUUAUUAAAAGGAUAUCUCUUUUCAUUCGGUAAAAGUCACUUAAAUUUUUGGCAUUUCGAUGGAGUUAAUCUGUUUAAACACCCAGCAGUUUUCGAGUUUAAGGGUCGCGAUAAGCCUAAGCAUGUUCUUUCUUGCUGUUACACACAAAGUGGUCUUGUAGCUACCGGUGAUUCAAAUGGAACGAUAACAUUAUGGGAUCUAAAAAUGCGCAAAACUGUUAAACAAGUUACUAAGGUGCAUGAAGGUGGUGUUUGGGCACUAUGUCAGUUCUCCUCCACAUCUAUAAUAUCUGGUGGUAAAGAUCGAGUUAUAAACGAAUGGAACGAUAACGAUUUAAGCAGAAUCAACAAAUCAAUUAUGGUCGAUGAGAACGCAGGCACAAUCAGAACUUUAACACGCCUAUCGCGUGAUAGGAUUUUGGUUGGAACAUCGAAAAAUUCUAUAUUAUGUGGUGAUAUGAAAGCUGGAUUCAACUAUAUUCAUGUGGGACACUGGAAUGAACUGUGGACUCUUUCCGCUCACCCUGAUAAUUCUCAAUAUUUCACUGCCUCUAUUGAUGGGGUCAUAAGAUUUUGGGAUAUAUAUUCGAAAAUGAGUACCUCAUCAAUCGAAUUGGAGGAUGGUGUUACAUGUGCUGAUAUUAAUGUAGAUGGCCUCAUUUUUGCAGUUGGAACUGUAUCUGGCAUCUGGAAUGUCUAUCAGUGGAGCACUAAAGCGUUGGUUCAUUCCUGCAAAGAAUCAAGCCAGCCCAUAUCUUAUAUAAGAUUCUCUCCUAGUGGAACAAUGAUUGCCAUUGCAACUCGAGAACCUAAUUCAUAUGUCAGCGUGCUUGAUUGGUCGAAUGAUAGUAAAUUUAUUCGAACAAACAAUACUGAACUCGAAUCAAAAAUUCGUGUUGUUGACGAUGCCCACGAAAUAAACAACGAUGAAGCUCAUGACAUCCAGUGGUCAUCAUCUCGGUCGAUUAUUUCAUUCGAGACUGCUUGUUUGCUGCAACAAGUGCCGGGUAUUAUGGCAACUGAAAGAUCUCCAGACAAUAAUUAUAUUGCGAUCGCCAUCAAUAAUGGUGCAAUCAGGUUUUAUAGCAAUCCAGUAACCAGUAUUUUGGCUCGUUACAAGGAAAUUUUCGGGCACGGUGAAUUUGUUGCUAACAUCGCAUUUGUUGGAUCCAAAUUAAUAUCUAUUGGUGCCAAAGAUCAAGCAAUCUUCCAAUGGAAAUUAUAA